ACAAGGACAAGAUUCCCACGUCAGGUCGGGAUGCGCGCGUGGAGCGUCGAGGCUCUCUAACAGGUCCCACGCGCACUUUUCCCCCUCCGUCUGCGUGCACGCGGCAGGAAUUUGCUCCAAAAAGACUGGUGUUGGCUGUCCGUCAUCUUCCUGCCGCACGGCGAGAGCUAACGAGCUAACGAGCUAGCAUUCGGUGUCUGUCAACAGGAUUCAGCGGCGAGUGCGAGAGGAGCUGCCGCCGAGCCCGGCUUAACCAGGGUGGCGUUCCCGCCAGCAGUGCCGGCCACAGGCGGCUCAAUCCAACACCGAGGUUCACUCCAGUAUGCUGUUGGUGUGCUAAGGAUGGAGGACUCCAGUUUGUGCCUUGGCAUGUCAUCGGCGGUGCCCGACGCCGAAGCCCACCUGAGCAACGCGGUGCUCAACGGCCGCUACCCAAUCAGCCAGAAGCUCCACCAGCUCACGGCCCAGCUGGGACACGCCUUCCCCGACCUGCACCGCCCGCAGCAGAUCCCCGAGGAGAAAGCGGCGGCGCCCCUCGACGAGAAGAGCCACCACGCCGCCCUGGCCAGCCAGCCCAUCAGCAGCCAGAUGGCGCUGCUGGCCAACCAGCUCAACCGCGACAUCGACGCCGGCGCGCUGAGCGGCUUGAACGGCCGCGUUGACCUCCAGCAGUUCCUCAACGGCCAGAACCUGGGCAUCAUGUCUCAGAUGAACGACAUCGAAGACGACGCCCGCAAGAACAGGAAGUACCCGUGCCCGCUGUGCGGCAAGCGCUUCCGCUUCAACAGUAUCCUGUCGCUGCACAUGCGCACCCACACGGGCGAGAAGCCCUUCAAAUGUCCCUACUGCGACCACCGGGCGGCGCAGAAGGGCAACCUGAAGAUCCACCUGCGCACCCACAAACUGGGCAACCUCGGCAAAGGCCGCGGCCGGGUCCGCGAGGAGAACCGGCUGCUCCACGAGCUGGAAGAGCGAGCCAUCCUGAGGGACAAGCAGAUGCGAGGCGGCGGCGGCGGCGGUGGCGCCGCACUGCUGCAGGCGGCGGCGGCGCGCGAGCCCCAGCUCGGUCUCAACAGCGGCGCCAACGCCCUCCAGCAGCAGCUGGGCUCGGCUUGCGGCCUGCCGCCUCCGCCGGGCCUCGCCGCUCCGGAAACGGCGUCCCAGCCGUCUUCCUCGCCCAAGCCGAACGGGGCCCAGGACGAGCAAGCCCUCAACCCGGCGGCGGGCUUCCGCUGCACCUUCUGCAAAGGCAAGUUCAAGAAGCGCGAGGAGCUGGACCGCCACAUCCGCAUCCUCCACAAGCCCUACAAAUGCACCCUGUGCGAGUUUGCCGCCGCCCACGAGGAGGAGCUGAUCAGCCACGUUGAGAAAGCCCACAUCACCGCGGAGAACACGCAGGGUCAGGGCGCCGGCGCGGCCGGCGGCGUGCAGAUGGCCACCGAGUUCCGCUGCGACGUGUGCGGCCAGGUCUUCAGCCAGGCCUGGUUCCUCAAGGGCCACAUGCGCAAGCACAAGGACUCCUUUGAGCAUUGCUGCCAAAUAUGCGGCCGUCGCUUCAAGGAGCCCUGGUUCCUCAAGAACCACAUGAAGGUCCACCUCAACAAGCUAGCCAUCAAGAGCAAGCCGCCGCAGCCCAGCGAGCAGGACAUGGCGUCCAUCAACAGCAUGAGCAGCCUGGCGCAGGAAGCCCACGCCAACCUCUACUCCCGUUACAUCUCCUGCCUUCAGGGGGGCUUCCUUUCCCCGGACAAGCAGGGUCUGAGCGAGCAGCACCAAAUGUUGGCAAAGGCCGGCAUCGCCAUGAAGGAGAAGGACAUGCUCGGGAAGCUCCUGGGCCCCAUGGCGGCGGGAAUCGGCCACGGCCUGGGCGAGAACGACAAGCGCUCCCUCCUGGGUUGCCUCAACCUCGUGCCGCCGCUCAAGUCCAGCUGCAUGGAGCGCCUGCAGGCCGCCGCCAAGGUGGCCGAGAUGGAUUCCCUCAACAGUUACCAAGCGUGGCAGAUCAUGGCUCGCGGCAUGGCCAUGGACCGAGCUUUCAUGCCCAAGGAGCAGCCGCGCCACCCCGCCCCCGGGCAGGAGGAGGACCUGGCGGCGGCGGCCGGCGCCGUGGUCUCCUUCUCCAAGGAAAAACAAGACUUUUCCCCCACGGACGGCUCCAAGAAGCAGCUCUGCGAGGCCCUGCAGGGCUCCAAGGCCGCCAGUACCGACGCGAGGGCUUUCGACUUGAUGUCGCAUCACAUCGGAGCCGAGACUCCUGGCAGCCUGUCGGCCUUGACCGGCCCCAACGUGGACUACGGUCUCUCGAACCCGAAGGACAAGCCUUCGGAGUGCCCCGACUGCGGCCGGGUUUUCAGAACCUAUCACCAGAUGGUCGUCCACUCCCGCGUCCACGGCAAGGACCGGCGAGGCGUGGAGGAAGUGCUCCAGCAGCAGCAAGGCGUGGAGGAACGCCGCGGCUCAGCCAGCGAUCCCGAGUCCCAGUCCAUCAGCCGCUCGACAACCCCCGGGUCGUCCAACGUGACCGAGGAGAGCGCCGCCGGAGGUGGACAUUCGCAGACGGGAAGUGUCCAGGAUGACAGCCCGCAUCCCUCGUCGCCUUCCUCAGAUGCCGGGGAGGAGGCGGCUUCGGCAGCUGCCAAGGCGGCCGUCAGCGUUCCGCCGUCGGUGUCGCAGCAUCGCGAGCGCUCGCUGGGCUCGGCCUCCAAAGACUGUCCCUACUGCGGCAAGUCCUUCCGCACCUCGCAUCACCUCAAGGUCCACCUGCGCAUACACACAGGUCAGUAG